CAAAUUUUGCAAAAGUGUCGACAGUUACAUCGGUGGGAAGUUGCUGUAUAUACCAUAUUACAAAGAUCUUGGACGCUCUCUAUCUGUUUGAUCUAUUUAGUGGGAUAUAUACGUUGAAAUGUCGGACAAUCAGGAUGAUAUCGAAGCCAUGAAGGCUAGAGUGGCGGAGAUGGAAGCCGAAGCCGCGAAGCUCAAAGAGAUGCAAGAAUCGUUAGAAAAGGAAGGUCAAGAGCUGAAGGAGGAUAAAGAGGACGUCGAUGCGCGCAGCAUCUACGUCGGCAACGUCGAUUACGAAUCGACCCCAGAAGAGAUCCAGUCGCAUUUCCAGAGCUGCGGCACAAUCAACCGCGUCACGAUCCUUCUCGACAAGUUCACCGGUCAUCCCAAGGGGUUUGCCUACGUCGAGUUUGCCGAGCCCAGUUUCGUGGCAAACGCGCUCGUGCUCAACGAGAGCUUAUUCCGCGGCCGCAACUUGAAAGUCGUGCCGAAACGAACAAAUGUGCCGGGUAUGUCUGCACGCGGACGGGGUAGAGGCCGAGGACGCGGUAGAGGUGGGUACUUCCCCAGAGGCGGAUACAGAGGCGGCUUCCGGGGACGCGGUCGCGGAGGAUUCACUCCGUAUUAGAAGCCCGCUUGGGUUUUUGUGCAACUCAUUGUCAAGGGUGAUAGUUCGUUGCGUGUAUGAUAGAAUGAUAUGUAGUUUACCGGCAUGCGUUUU